GGAGGUGGCACAUGGCAGGAUCAGCAUUUCCAUAAGCAAGAAGAUAGGUACCUUGCAUUUUGAAGGGGUUCAAGAUCCGAUUCACCGGAGCUUCUCGUAUCUUGUGUACUGGUCAAAUCGCUGUCACUUCACAUCACAUUCAUCACAUACUAAUGACGUCUCAUCGUAUCAACUCACUAAAUAUCUCACGAGCUCAUCGUCCACGCGUCAUCUCCAGAUUCGCGUACUCUCUCCCGGCCCAAUCUACACUUCCCAUUACACUGCCACUCUUUCUCUUCUGCUUCUUCUUCUGGUCCUGAUCAAGCUUUGUACUGACUCCUGAAAUGGCUAAGUCUCUGGUUGUCCCUUUAGCCAUUAAGGCACCGUCUCAUCGUCAUUCUUCUUUUUGCCCUAAUUACCCUCUCCAUUCCCAUUCAGUUCUUCCCACAAAACUCUCUUUGCCUCUCUACAAGCCUUGUUAUUAUUCUCAAUACUCUUUAAUUUCGCUCCAUCGCCGCCUCGUUCCCGUUUCUGCUUUAGAUUCCGAUGUGCCUUACCCUCUUCACCAGGGAUCGAUCAAAGGAAAGAGCAGUAAGAGCUUUGAGCAAUGGGAUUCAUGGACAGCGAAAUUUUCUGGAGCUUCAAAUAUUCCAUUUUUGUUACUGCAAAUGCCUCAGAUUAUCCUUAAUGCGCAAAAUUUAAUGGCUGGAAAUAAAACUGCCCUUUUAGCAGUUCCAUGGCUGGGGAUGCUUACUGGGUUGCUCGGAAAUCUUUCAUUACUCUCUUAUUUUGUGAAAAAGAAAGAAACAGAAGUGAUUGUGGUGCAAACGCUAGGAGUAAUUUCUAUUUACAUAGUAAUUACUCAGCUUGCAAUGGCAGAAGCUAUGCCUCUGUCUUAUUUUGUGGUCCUUUCAGCUGUUGUAGCAACUGGUCUGGUCGUGAAUUUCUUAAAUUACAUUGGAAAGCUUAAUUCUGGCAUCUGGCGCUUCUGGGAGGAUUUUAUAACUGUUGGUGGACUCUCCGCCCUCCCUCAGGUCAUGUGGUCUACGUUUGUCCCGUAUAUACCAAGCAGUAUUUUGCCAGGGGCAAUAGCGUGUACCACAGCUAUUGCUGCUGUUGUAAUGGCACGAACAGGCAAGCUUUCGGAGAAAGGUGUUAAAUUUGUCGGCGGAAUAUCUGGUUGGACGGCAACCCUUAUGUUCAUGUGGAUGCCAGUCUCACAAAUGUGGACAAAUUUCUUGAAUCCUGAUAACAUUAAAGGCCUAUCAGCUUUUUCAAUGUUGCUUGCUAUGAUUGGAAAUGGACUUAUGAUCCCUCGAGCGCUCUUCAUUCGUGAUUUUAUGUGGUUUACUGGUUCAACCUGGGCUGCAGUCUUUUAUGGGUAUGGGAAUAUUUUAUGCUUGUACUGUUUCAACAGUAUUAGCAGGAGAUUCUUUCUUGCUGCAACCACUGGAUUGAUUGCAUGGCUAGUAAUGGCUUUUUGGAGAGACACUGUAGUGUAUGGAUACAGUUCGCCACUAACGUCCUUAAAAGAGUUGGUUUUUGGCUCAACUUGAAGUUCACCAUUAAGCUUAAACAAGAUAGAAGUAGAGCAACCAGAUCCUUUGAUCCUUCUUAAGCAUGAAUGAUAAGACAUGAAUAUUCAUCUUCACUGCUAAGAUGCCAAUGCAUGGUCAUGGUCGUGGUCGUGAUCAUGGUAUCCCAACCUUGGAAAUUUCCACUGGAGAGCUUGUUGUAUGGCAAUGACGCUAUUGACAUGUUAAUGGGAAUUUAGGAUGGGAUUGUCUGAUUAAUAUUGUAAUAAUUGGAGGUUGGAUUGUUAUCCUAUACCCCAUUCAUGAAAGGCACAUUUAGUUACAGAUACAGGAAAAUAAUACCUGUAAAACAUUUAUGGUUUCUUUUUAAUAAAAUCUCAGAUUCCUUUCAAUGAA